GCAGCAGUGCUGCGCUCUUUUUCCUGUAGCGACGUGGUGCUGGGACACGGAAAGUUUCCAGCUUCCACUUUUUUUUGCCUUGCUUUACUUUGGUUCCUCUCCCCCGUUCCUUCUUGUAUUUUGCCGACACUUUUGUACGUCGAAAGCCUCGCCCUUCGCCUUUAUAUUCUCCUCUUCCUCCUCUCGCUCAUUCGCCCACGCGUCGUGUUGUGUUGUGUUGUGUGUUCUCGGCAUUGGCGAAGGACUCGGAGAAAGGAGCUCUUUUUCCGAACAUGGCGAUCCCGCCCCUCGCCACCCUUGUACUCCUCGUCGUACUCUCGCAGGCAUCUUGCUUCGCGAGUUCGCAGUCAUUCAUCGGAGUCAACUAUGGCCAGGUCGCAGAUAACCUGCCGCAGCCGUCGGCGACCGCAAAGCUACUACAAUCGACUUCGAUUGAGAAGGUCCGGUUAUAUGGAACGGACCCCGCCAUAAUUGGCGCUCUAGCAAACACGGGUAUCGGAAUUGUCAUUGGUGCGGCGAACGGCGACAUUCCUGCCCUGGCAAAUGAUCCUAACUUUGCAAAGAAUUGGGUCAACGCGAAUGUGGUUCCCUUCUAUCCCUCGAGUAAAAUCAUCCUCAUCACCGUGGGCAACGAGGUAAUGACCUCCGGAGACCAUAAUUUGAUGACUCAGUUGUUGCCGGCGAUGCAGAACAUGCAGAAUGCGCUUAAUGCCGUGUCCCUGGGAGGGAAAAUCAAGGUGUCGUCGGUGCAUUCCAUGGCUGUGCUCAAGUCCUCCGAGCCACCAUCUUCUGGUUCUUUUGACCCCAGUGACGAGAUGAAGGGAAUCUUGGGGUUUAACAAUGCGACCGGUUCGCCAUUUGCUAUCAAUCCAUAUCCCUAUUUCGCAUACAGGAGCGAUCCUAGGCCAGAGACAUUGGCUUUCUGCUUGUUCCAACCAAACGCCGGGAGGCUCGAUACCAAAACCCAGAUUAAGUACACCAAUAUGUUUGAUGCUCAGGUGGAUGCUGUUCGCUCUGCAUUGAACUCAUUCGGGUAUAAGAAUGUGGAGAUUGUAGUGGCCGAGACCGGUUGGCCAUACAAGGGAGACAGCAAUGAAGUCGGCCCUAGCAUCGAGAAUGCGAAGGCCUAUAAUGGUAACUUGAUAGCUCACCUCCGCUCAUUGGUCGGAACUCCCUUGAUGCCUGGGAUAUCAGUAGACACGUAUCUGUUUGCCCUGUACGAUGAGGAUUUAAAACCUGGACCCACUUCGGAGCGUGCAUUCGGUCUUUUCAAGUCGGAUCUUUCGAUGAACUAUGACAUUGGCCUUUCCAAGAGUAGCCAGACUCCCGCAGCACCAAAGAUGCCUGCUGCACCAUCGCCAAACGCAACUGUCACUCCAUCACCGAACGCAACUGUCACUCCAUCGCCAAAGCCUGACAAAGCAAAUUGGUGCAUACCCAAGAGUGGGGUGUCGGAUGCCCAGUUGCAGGCAAACUUGGAUUACGCUUGUGGGCAAGGAAUCGAUUGCCGGCCAAUCCAACCUGGUGGGGCUUGCUUCGAGCCUAACACCUUGGCAGCACAUGCUGCAUAUGCCAUGAAUCUUUACUACCAGAACUCUAACCGCAGUCCUACGAACUGCGACUUCUCGCAGUCUGCAACAUUCUCGUCGAAUAACCCAAGUUACAACGGCUGUGUCUACCCAAGUGGAAAGAGCUGAAGGCGGCGGAUCAUCGUCCUUUCAAGGAAACCAAGAAGUUGUGAAUUCGUGGCGUGUGCAUUAGGGUACUUAUCAUAAUUUGUGUUGUGCUUUACUGCGGUGGCAAAACCGACAGAAAGUCCUACAUGGUGUAGGAAUGUAGCAAUGUACUCAAACUUGAUGGCUUACAUGUAUAGGAACUCUGUUGCGGCGAUCAAGUGAUUUGUCAAAGUGAUCUUUUUAUGUUUAGCUGCGGAUGUUCGUUUCUUUGUCACUGAUUGGCUUGUGAGCUUACGGCCGAAACACUCACUAAUCUCCAAAUACAGCAGUCUGAAAUAUUUAUCUGAGAA